AUGGAUUGUGGGAAGUCGAUGAAGGUCGACAAUGAGCUUAUCACGGCUUUGAUUGAGCGUUGGAGGCCGGAGACACACACUUUCCAUCUAUCGAUUGGAGAGGCGACGGUGACCUUAGAAGAUAUGCAAGCCAUUUGGGCCUUGAGAGCAGACGGUCGCGUUUUCACAGAUACAAACACAGAGACAAAGAAAGACGGUUUGCUGAUGACCGCUCUGAUCAACCAAACGAGGAUACCUUUGGGUGAUGACCUACCUACAUAUGUAUACAUCCAAAGGGCACUUAUCCAUGUCCUAAUUUUGUUAGGAGGAUUCAUUCUACCGGACACCACGGGGUGUAAGGUUCCUUUUAUGUGGUUGAAUGCAUUUGAGGAUCCGGACGAGGUACAGAAUAUUAGUUGGGGAAGUGCGGCUUUGUCGUACCUGUAUCAUUAUCUGUGCGAGGCUUCCAUGGAUAAGAGGAAAGAGUUGGGUGGGCCUAUGAUGCUUCUGCAGCUAUGGGCGUGGGAAAGAAUGCCCACAUUAAGCCCGUCGCUCAUAGGAGCGCUCGUGCACGAACCAUAUACGCCAUGCGGCGCCAGGUGGAAAGGAACUACGCAAAUAGGAAAUGCUCCUAGAUAUUCGGUUGAGCAUUACCGUGAUCAAAUAUCCCUGGUCAGACCUGACCAGUUUCUGUGGACGCCAUAUGCACAUUGCAUACUGCCUGACUACUGUAGUGAUGUGAAUGGAUGCUCCUUGUGCGACACUUACUUGGAUAUUCCUCAAUUUGUAGAUAGGAUGCUAAAAAAUGCUGAUCAUUUGGGCAAAAAUGAUCGGCGUGGUAAGAAGGGUAAUAAUUGGGAAAACACGCAUCAGUUCUACAUUGGGGAGUGGGACAUGAGGUAUGAAAGGUUCCAGGCAACCGAAGACGCCGCGACGAUGUCCAUGAACAUUCCUAUGAGUCCGGGGUAUAUGGCGUGGUAUAACAAGAUUACAGUGACGUACCUGACUCAACCUGGGGUACGGUCAACUGCUGGGAUGAAUGAGUCGGCUUCUUCGACGAGAUUACUUGUUGAGGGUUUUCAACAGGUUUGGCAUUUAACUACUGAAGAAGAAAUGGACCCAAGAAUGCGGCAGAUUUGA